AUGAUGACAUUUCUCCCGGGCUUCACAGUUCAACAGGAUGCUGCCAUAGAGCAAUCGAUAGCUGGAAAUGUGGUUGUCACAUCAUUUAGGGAAAAUCGGCCCGCCCUUUUGCGUGCUACCGAUAGCCAGUUCACUCUUCUGCACCAGAAGAUCAAGGAAGAAAUCAAGGAUGUCCUUGGUUACCUUGUGUUCCAGACCAGAUAUAAGCAGGAUGGUCCGGACUCUAUUACUGUGAAGAUCACAGUCAAGGACAUCAAAAAUGACUCUCUGUUGAACCUUGUCGCAGAUAUUCUUACCGUUCAACAAUAG